UUUCAAGGAUUUAUGCUGCUCAUUCCAUCAUACAUUGGCGUUAGUUUCCUCAGUCUUCCUUACAUUGUCAAGAUUCUGGGUCUAUGGGGUGGGAGUGCUGGACUAUUCUUAUACGGAAUGUUGAACGAAAUGGCAGCUUUGAUCCUAGUAGAAUGCACCAAGCGUCUGUCAGAAAGAACUGGUGAAAGGUUAAGUGAUAUGGGGAAGGUCGCUGAAAUAAGUAUGAAGCUGGGGCCUCCAUGUUUACAACCUCACGCGGGAAAAUUAAGAUUUUGUGUUGACUUUAGUAUACUCAUGACUUAUACUCUGGGUUUACCUGACUUAAUAUCCCUUAUGAAUCUCUUUGGACAGGAUAUUCUUCGCCAGUACGUCGAUAUUAACGACACAGGUUCUAUCGUUGCCAUUUCGGUGCUGCUGUUGCCUAUCUACCUGACACGAAGGGUGAAGCUGCUUUCAUUUGUGGCGACAGCUGCCAACUUUUUUCUUGUUUGUUUAUUUGCAAUAUCUUUCCAGUAUAUCUGCCAGGACCUUCCGAAUGUUAGCACGAGACCGGCUAUAAAACUCAUCGAUUACAUUACAUUCACAUCAUUUACAAAUGAUGCGAUGUUUACAUGCUGUGGAAUUGCUAUGAUUUUGCCAAUCAGAAACAAAAUGAAGACCAAGAAGAACUUUGACGGUUGGAAUGGUGUUUUAGGACUUGCCCUGGUGAUUACGACCUGUUUCCAUGCUUUUUGCGGUUUUUACGGAUAUAUGAAAUUCGGAGAAAUGACAAAAGUUAAUUAUCUGUUGAACCUUCCAGGGGACAAAUGUCUUUACAAGUCUUUGAAGAUUCUUUCGUUCCUCACCUUGUACUCCGCACACGGGAUGGCUGUUUUUGUGGUAGUGGAAAUCAUAUGGACACCUUUGAAGGGGAAAUUCAGUGGAGAACAGGUUCAGAACUACGGUGAAUACAUAUGUCGUGUUGUUUUGCUAAUUAUCGUAUGUACAUUUACAAUUUUGGUGCCAGAGUUUGAGCUGCUGAUGUCUUUGACUGGAUGUGUUGGAGUUUUAUUUACAACACUUGCUGUUCCGUAUAUUGUUGCGUUAUUAACAUUGUAUGGCGAUUUGGAACCAUCAGAAAUUGUGGAAAAAGUCAAAAGGAAAUCGACACUCACAUUUUGUGUAUUAGCGCUUGUGUUUGGGAUCUACUCAACGGUUGCAGGGAUUGGGGUUUCAGUAUAUAUGACAAUUGUUCAUAUUGUAUUGUAAGUGGCUUAUGCAUAUUUGCUGUGUUAGUUAGACACUGAAGGUUAAGCACAUAUGUAUCCACAGGUGUACUAAGUAUAUGAUGACAAUGUAACCGGUUCGAAUCCCGAAGAGUAUUUUUGUUUGCAUUUUUACAUUUGAUAUUUUCAGUUCAACAUUUAGUUAAUAACAUACUUCUGCCAACUUGA